CUGGUUGUGGUCGGAGCAGAGGAAGCUGGGAAAGGAUAAAGGAAACCUCUAGCAUCGUAGAUAAACACCGUAAAGAGGUGUGAAGCCAGCGGGCACACGGCUGUCACAGUACUAAAAGAACAGUAAAAGAGUCCGACUGAGUUCUCCAUACAGCGAGGGUCAACAUGUCUGAGACAUACGACUUCCUGUUUAAGUUCCUGGUGAUUGGCAGUGCUGGGACGGGGAAAUCCUGUCUCCUCCACCAGUUCAUUGAGAACAAGUUUAAACAGGACUCCAACCACACCAUCGGUGUGGAGUUUGGGUCUAGAGUGGUCAACGUUGGAGGAAAGACAGUCAAACUGCAGAUCUGGGAUACUGCUGGCCAGGAGCGAUUUCGAUCUGUUACACGCAGCUACUACAGAGGAGCAGCUGGAGCACUUCUUGUUUACGAUAUUACCAGUCGAGAGACAUACAAUGCCCUGACUAACUGGCUGACAGAUGCACGGACACUGGCGAGUCCCAACAUUGUUAUUAUCCUGUGUGGCAACAAGAAAGACUUGGAUGCAGACAGAGAGGUGACCUUCCUUGAAGCUUCACGCUUCGCUCAGGAGAAUGAGCUGAUGUUUCUAGAGACUAGCGCGCUAACAGGUGAAAAUGUCGAGGAGGGUUUCUUGAAGUGUGCUCGCACCAUUCUCAACAAGAUAGAUUCAGGCGAGUUGGACCCAGAGAGGAUGGGUUCAGGUAUUCAGUAUGGAGAUGCUUCGUUGAGGCAGCUGCGACAGCCCAGAGGCACCACAACACAGAAUAAGCAGCAGUGUAAUUGCUAGGGGUCGGGACCCACCCUCACCCCAGCCCACAGGUCCACACAGACAGAACUCCCCCUACAGUUCUACACACCUUGGAUCACCUUGGGUCGUGGAGAUCACUGCAACCUAUGACCCUUGACCUCUGGUAAGAGUCUACGGCUUACCUGAGGGGGUCGGUUUGCUCUUGCGUUUGGACAGCAUAACCCCUCAGUGUGAGCAAAGUGGAAAUGUAAAGAGACAUCCUCCACCAUGGUCUCUGUUACUUAUCAGACAAGGACAAAGUCAAGGGUUGUGUAUUUGGGCUGACCUACUGUUGUGUGUUAUUCUUUUUUUCUCUCUUGCUCUCCGCUUUUUCAUUCUGGUUUUAGCAAUCCCCAAAAUACUUUGAGCAUUUACAUAUCAUUGCUUGUAAAUUAUUAUUGUUAAACUCUUUUGUGCAUUCAACCUGUCCUAGUGUGGGUCAUUGGGGGUUUUUUUUCUUCCUAGUUUUAGCAUUCAUAAAGACAUCCCUUACUUUUUUUCUUUAAAUCAUGCAUCAUUAACUAUAUUUCUCAUAAAUGAUGGAAAAUAAUAUUUUCCAUCAUUUAUGAGAAUUUUAUUUUUUUUAAUGGAAAAUAAAUGAUAAACAUCACAUUUUUUGGGUACGAUUUACACCAGGUGUGAUGCAAAUCCUUUCUACUUUGUCCUGUCAUUUUAAUUUUUUCGUAGUAGACCAGAUGGAUUCAUAGCAUAUAAAUCCCAACACUGAUAUGUAUAAACUCUCAUGGGGGGAUGAUCCCAUCACUCCAUUCUACACCCAAACAGGCAAGGCUGUGGGUCAGGUUGAAAGCACAAAAAAGAGAACUUUUGCUCUUUAUUUAAACCAAAAGUCCACAAGUCUGUAAAUUGAGCUCUAUCAGAUUCACACCAUGUUUAAAUUCACAUGUCCAGUUAUAGUGAUAAAUUGGCAUUAUAAUGUUUUUGACUCCUGCUGGGCUUUUCUCCAUGACAUCUCGUAGAUUCAUACAUGCACGUACUGUAUAAGACGUCACAGGAAACCACAGUUGGCUUUUGUUUGGUUUGUUUGGGAAACUUUUGUGCCGCCCAACCAGCCAAAGGUUUGACCUUUGUUUUGUUUGUUUGUUUGUUGUUUUUUUUAAAAAUCAUGCCACAUUGUACGUUCAAUUUGACAGGAUUCUGUUUUUAAACUUCCAAGUAAUCACUUCUCUUUAAGCUCUGGAUAUCAGAGGGGGGGGAUAAAAGACAACACAAAAUUAUUAUUAGACAAUGUACUCUCAAAUCAUCUUCUUUGUUCAUUGACAUUGAUUGUACAAGUGGAGCUAUACUGGAGGGAUAAAUAUUUCCUCAUUUGAAAUCUUAAAAUGCUAAUCAAGAUCCUCCAUAUGUGCUCGUUUGAGCUGUAGUAUAUGAUUUGUAAUAUUUUAUUUUUUAUAGUCGGAACAAUAAUCCCUCAUGCUCUAUUGAUAGGGCCAUUCUCACCCUAGAAGACACCACCUCCAUCAGAUGAAGUUGGGUUUUGUUUUUUUGUUUGUUUGUUUUUGUGACUAUCGGUGACCCUGACCCUCUAAACUGAAAAGUAGAACCGAUCCAUGCCAGCAAAGUGGCCCUCUCAGUAUAACUGAGACACCACAUCUCCUCAGUGUAUGGGUCAAAUUCCAAGUUUUUCCCUUUAAUAUCUCCCUCUGCAGCUCUGCUGCAAAAUGUCAGUUUUGUUGCACCACUGAACUGACCCAGAUGUUUUCUCUUGAGAACAGACCUUGUAUUACUCUAGAGAGAAACAGGGGAAUUUCCACAGAAACACAGUUUCCUCUCUGCUUGUAACACUGACAACAUGGUUUGUGGUGCUGCUGGAGGAAAAUGAGGUUGCAAGUUAAUGGCUUAGAAAAUCCAAAGCCCCCGCUCUGCUGUUUAAUCAAAGGCACCGCUUCUGUCUGAAUCACUGUCUGAGAGCAGGUCAUACAAACCAAGCCAAGAGGAGCUCAAAAACAAAGUGUGCGCAAACGUAUUUCUCAAGCCUCUGUGUUGGCAUACGUUCUCCCAGACAAACCAUGUGUGUUUAAGCUCAACUGAGCCAGCACACUGAAAGGGCAAACAUGAGAUCAUAUAGGACAUCAAGAGACAGAUGGUCAAAACACAUUGCUUUCAUAAAAUAUUUGCAUAGCAUGAUAGUUUGUCUCCUUCUGCAAGUGCACUUUUACUUUUGAAUCUGUGUUUGUUUUGUUUAUAUGCUGUAACUAUAGAAUUGUACAUUUUAUUUUACUUGAACUGUAUAAUGUAAUAAAUAUAUUAAUUUUAGAUGUUAUCUUUUUACUAAAUGACAACUGAGAUUCUUCAUAUGGUUUCAUUUUUUCUGAUGCUGUCAGGCAGCAACAAAAAAUGGUGUAAUAGUGUGAUCUCAUGCUGUGUGAGAUUUGAUUGGUUUAUUGCUCCCUGCUGACGUGGAGGUAAUGAUGGAAGGGUGUUGACUUUGUGAGCUGUAGGUGGCCAUCAGCAGCAAUUCUGAUCACUCGUUCACAGGCUGUCAUCUAUGCGCAGUUAUUGAGUCAACUGUUGAAUUGUUAGCCUGCAUUCAUCUGUAUUCGCUGUACAGUUCAUAAAGUUAAUCAGAGUAGCUAUAUGAACAUUUUCUCAUUUGUUCCAGUAUAGACUUAAUAAUGUGAUGAACGCAAUCCAACUCAGUUGUUGCUUAGUAAUGUUAUAUAAUCUAACCUAAAUACUACUGUACAUCUCAAGUAACCUAUCCUGUAAAUAAGAUUUGUCUAUUAAGGGUGAGUGUUGCUCAUUGAUUGUAAUGAUUAUGCAAUUCCCAGUAAACUGCUUGUUUUUCAUGUAA